AUGGCUAGGCUGCAAAGAUCUGUAACAACGUUCAGGAGGUCAGGAUCAUCAGGGAUGGUGUGGGAUGAGAACUUCUUGCCGGGGGACCUCAGUCGGAUAAAGAAGAAAGAGGAGGAGGGAGUUGCAGGAUUCAAGGAAGAGACGAUGGGGCACUCCAAAAGCAUGGGAUCAACGGGAAACAUGGGACGCAGAAGCAGCAUCGGUGGCAGCAGGCAGGUCGUCUUCCCUGCAGGCUUUGUCUCGCCGGCCGCCGACCCGCCUUCUCCCGACGUCCCUCGUUGCCUUUGCUGUGGAUUCUUCAGCCAGAACCGCUCUGCUAAUCGAUUCAAGCCGAGAAGGCGGUAA